AGGACCCGCGCACUUGUCGAUCGCGGUGUGUUUCUGGUGAUGCAGCUCUCCAGCAGCCGGAGCAUGCCCUUGCUGGACGGCCCGUUGUCUUCCGCCUGUGUUCAGGUCGUUUUCACCCACAGUAAAUAAGACGUCUUUGUUAAACAGGGCUUUGUGCACACGCAGUCGGUCAGCAGGGGCCGAGGCUGCUUAUCUGUGCGCGCAGGGAGGAGCGAGGCGAGCCGCUUCAGGAUCAGAUAACGAGGUUGUGUCUCCACAAACUGCACUAUGCCGGGCUGCCUGCUGCGAGGAGGCUGCAGUCCUCUGCUCCGCCUGUGGGCCCUGCUGCUGCUGCUGCUGCCUCUGGUCUCCCUGAACCAGCGUGGGAGCCGGGGCCUCGGUGAGGGCAACCGGCCCAAGCUGCUGCUCGUGUCCUUCGACGGCUUUCGCUGGGACUACAUCGACCGGGUCCCGACGCCCAACUUCCACAGCAUCAUGGACCAGGGCGUGAUGGUGGAGAAGGUGGAGAACACCUACAUCACCAAGACCUUCCCCAACCACUACAGUCUGGUGACGGGUCUGUAUACGGAGACGCACGGCAUCGUGGCCAAUGAGAUGUAUGACCCCGUAUACAACCGCUCCUUCUCCAUGGAGACGGACAGUAUUUAUGAUUCCCGGUGGUGGGAGGAGGCGGUGCCCCUCUGGGUAACCAUCCAGAAAGCCGGAGGGCGGAGCGGGGCUGCGAUGUGGCCUGGGUCUGAUGUGAAGAUCCACGGCAUGUUCCCCUCCCAGUUCCUCCACUACAACGCAUCUGUGUCCUUUGAAGCCAGAGUGGAGCGGCUCAUAGGGUGGUUCUCCGCCCCUAAAGAGGACGCGGUGGAUUUUGGAGUCCUGUACUGGGAGGAGCCAGACGAGAGCGGGCACCUCCAUGGGCCUCAGAGCCCCGAAAUGGACGAAGUCAUCGCCGGAAUCGACGAGAAACUCGGCUUCCUCAUCAACGAGCUGAAGAAGGCCGGGCUGUUUGAGAAAGUGAACCUGAUAGUGACCAGUGAUCACGGGAUGACGCAGCUUUUCACUGAUAACAUCAUAGAACUGGAUCAGUACAUUCACAGAGACCUGUACACCUGGGUGGAUAAGAGUCCGGUGGUGGGGAUACUGCCCAACGAAGGGAAACUGGACGAGGUGUACAACAAGCUGGUAGACGUCAACCCAAACAUGGCGGUCUACAAGAAAGAAGAGAUUCCCCAGCGCUUCCAUUACCGGCACAACAGGAGGAUCAUGCCCAUCAUCCUGGAGGCCAAAGAGGGCUGGACCAUCAUGCAGAACCGGACCGGGCCCUUCAUGUUGGGAAACCAUGGCUACGACAACACCCUCCGCAGCAUGCAGCCUGUGUUCGUGGCUCGCGGCCCAGCCUUCCGCCAGAAGUACCUGAAACCCUCCAUGAGCUCCGUCGAUCUCUACCCUCUCAUGUGCCACAUCCUCGCCGUGCGGCCCCUGCCGAACAACGGCUCCCUCUCGAACGUUCAGGACCUGCUGUACCCUGAGGCUCCCCCCACGCCCAGCGCCCCCCCCAGGGUCGACGAGUACUCCUACGCCCCCGUGGUGGGCUCUUUCAUCAGCGUGGUGAUGGUGCUGGGCUUUCUCAUGUUCUACAUCAGACAACUGACGCUCAAGCAGCUGCCCUCGCUGAAGCACAGACGCAGGGAGAUGUCGCAGCCCUUGCUGCAAGAGGACUUGCACCUGUAGCCGACGAGACAGAAAGGGAUAGCAGACGUGAAAAGAAGAGGAGGUGUCCCUCCCCAAGGUAGUCUGCUCUGCCCAGAAGCAUCCCCUGAACACCUACUCUACACGAGUAAUUCGCCAUUGUGCUGCUCCUUUAUUAGAUGGAGAGCAAGAGAUCUGAAUGUGACCUCGGAAUCAUGUCGAGAGCUUUGCCCAAAGUGUGAGGGGGGAUGUGAAGGGUUUGCUUCUGGUGUAGGAUCAAAAAUAAUACACCUUUACAUGGGCUUUAUAGUGGCUUUGCUUUGAUUGUGUGAACUUUACCUAAUAUCAUCUCAUUGUUUUCAUUGUCGCGUACAAAGUAAAUAAUUUAAUUAAAAGCUGAGAUUUGAACCUUUGAUUCUGGCAAGUAGGAAGCUUUGGUGGCCAAAACUUUGACAAAGGCAUGGUGAAAAGCUCACCAUCGUAGAAAGGGAUCGAAUCAAUAAUGUAACUGCACACACUUUUAGACAAUCUUUCCUUCACAGCUUUCAUAGUGUUGCACUCGUGUGCUGCAGGAAAUGCGUGAAGUAACGUAAAAUGUAGCUUGCGCGUUGUACUACUCGCGCAAGUUUGGUUGCGGGAUUAUUUGGGUUAACGCGAGGUAACGCGCGGUAACACAACCCAUGAAUAUUCGCACAUUCUCCUCGGCAAAAGAGAGGCGGACUACCGGCCGAGCUUCCUGAGGCUGACUAGUGGCUGGUUUGGUCACCUGCUCGCUCAGGAUGGUGCAAGGACCAUAGCCUGUUGAGUUUGAUUGGCUUUCCUUUACGCCAUUAACAUCGCGAAUUUGAGUCCAUUCAAAUCUUUGCGUUGACUUAUCUCGUCACAAUGGGGGGGGAUUUCAAGGCCUUGUCAGAGUUUCUUCCAUCAAUUCCUCCGCUUGUCCUGAAUCAGAAGCCACUGUGUGAUUAUGAAUGCUGUGAUUUAGCCGAAGUAUUACAAGCUCAACUCGUCUCAGGCUGAGCUCAGUGUUCCUUUUGAAUGUUAGCUGGACGCACGUGUUCCAGGGAAGGCUCGACCAAUGUGCCAGGCUACUGCUCACACGCGUAGGUCACUCCACGAGCCGACCACGUCACGACCUUGCUCUUUUAGUAGUCAGCUACCAUUUGCCUUUCAACUUAGGUGGAGAACAUCUUUCUUUCGGUGUGCAAUAAUUUGUGUGUAAGUGGGUUUUAUUUGUAUGUGUGUAGCGUUUUUGUAGGGAAGAUAUUUUUCUGUAUAGACAAGUGUGUACUCCGCUCAUCCUCACGUGUCGACUGUCAUAGCCACGGCCAUUUGUUGGUGAAAUGUGAAGUGCAAUUGCUAUUGGUCAGUAUUUUGUCAUUGGGAUGUUAAGGGGUUUCGGUGUUGCUGGGUCGAGAAGACUUCUUUUGGCCCCUGAUUUGCACUACAGUACCGAACUGAACCACAGCGAAGGGGCAGCGGUCGGAUGCUUUUUUUUUUAAGGUCAUGUAAACUUUGCACUCCUUGUUCGUAGUUGCUAUUUGAAACAAUAGAAAACAUUAGGAGCCUCUUGCCAAAAAGCUUUGAUCAGUGUAAGCAUUGAAAGUUGAGUAGAAUCCAAAUCUGUCUUUAAAUUACUUUUUUUCCCCAGCCUAUUUUAGGAAAGAAUUGGUUAAAUUGUCUUCUCAUGCUUUUAGAUGCAUUGAUUAAUUACUGUGCCCAAAAGAUGACAGACAUCACUGUGAGAAAUUACUUUUUACUAAAUUUAGAUAAAUUGAAAGCAUUUAUAUGGAAAAUAUAUACAUUUUCUGAUGUUUUAUGAAAGAAGUAUUUCUGAUGAUUUCCCCCUACAGAGAAAUGAAAUAUAUCCAUACUUUAUUUAAAAGAUUUGUUUGAAAUGGUUAAAUUCAAUAUUACAUCAAGUUAAUAUAGGUUUUAUUAUUACCUUGGAUUUGAAAUAUGGACAUUUAAUAUGAUUUACAAAUUAACUAUCUUUGCCAUGUUAAUGCAAUUAAACAGUCUUCUGAAAAUAAAGGGACUAAUGAGAAACUG